GCAGCUACCAAAUACGACCAAUUACCGGAAGUAGUUCUUCUUCGUGGGUGGAGGCCUUCCCGACUGCUGAGUGCCACGUUGAUGGAGACCAGUGGGGACGUGGAAACUAGCAGUCAGGAGAUAUCUACCCUGCAGGAUGAAGCUAAAAGAGAUCACCCGGACGGCCAUCCAGAGUUGGAGCCCAGAACACCACCACCCCAUCUACCUUGCCACAGGAACGUCAGCCCAGCAGCUGGAUGCUUCCUUCAGCACCAAUGCCUCCUUGGAGAUCUUUGAGUUGGACUUGUCCGACCCAUCACUGGACAUGAAAUCAUGUGGCAGCUUCUCUUCGUCCCACAGGUAUCACAAGCUGGUUUGGGGUCCUGUCGGAACAGACUCCCAAGGUCACCCCACGGGUGUGAUUAUUGCCGGUGGAGAGAACGGCAACGUCAUCCUCUAUGACGCCGGCAAGAUCGUAUCCGGGGAAAGCGAUGUGAUUAUUGCAGAGAGUGACAGGCACUCGGGUCCCGUGAGAGCUCUGGACAUCAAUCCCUUCCAGACCAACCUGUUUGCAUCCGGUGGGAACGAGUCUGAAAUCUACAUCUGGGAUAUGAAUAACUUCACCUCCCCCAUGACACCGGGACCCAAAGCUCAGACGGCGGAGGAUGUGGGCUGUGUGUCCUGGAACAAGCAGGUCCAGCACAUCCUGGCCUCAGCCAGCCCGAGUGGCCGCGCCUCCGUGUGGGACCUGCGCAAGAACGACCUCAUCAUUAAAGUCAGCGACCACAGCAACAGAAUGCAUUGCUCCGGCCUGGCCUGGAACCCGGAGGUGGCCACCCAGCUGGUACUGGCCUCCGAAGACGACCGCAUGCCCGUCAUCCAGAUGUGGGAUUUGCGUUUCGCUACCUCCCCUCUCAAGAUUCUGGAGAAUCACACGAGAGGCGUCCUCGCCAUCGCGUGGAGUUCCGCCGAUCCCGAGCUGCUCCUCAGCUGCGGUAAGGACGGGAGGAUUCUCUGCUGGAACCCAAACACGGCAGAGGUGGUCUACGAGCUGCCCACUGGCAACCAGUGGUGCUUUGACAUCCAGUGGUGCCCCAGGAACCCUGCCGUGCUGUCGGCCGCCUGCUUUGACGGACACAUCGACAUUUACUCCAUCAUGGGCGGCAGCGGCCAUGUGCACAGCCUCAGACACGCUGACCAGAUCAGUAAUUCGUUUGGCAACAUGGAUCCAUUCGGUACAGGACAAACCUUGCCCCCGCUGCAGGUGCCUCAGAGCUCCGCCCCCUCCGCUAGCGUCAACCCGCUGAAGAAGCCGCCAAAGUGGAUCCGCAGGCCCGUGGGGGCAUCGUUUGCCUUUGGAGGUAAGCUGGUGUCACUGGAGAACGGUGCGCCCAACCCCCCCCAGCAGACCACCGUGCACAGGGUGCACAUCAGCCAGGUAGUGACGGAGACGACCUUCUUGAGGCGUUCGGAGCAGCUGCAGGCCACCCUCGACGCCGGCGCCUUCCAGGAGUUCUGCCAGGAGAAGAUCCACACAGCGGAGAAUGACUUUGAUAAAACUUUAUGGUCUUUCCUGGAGGCCAACUUUGAAGGUGAUGUUCGCAGUAAGUUCCUGGAGCUUCUGGGCUACAGCAAAGAGGAUGUGUCUUCCAAGAUUUCAGCAGCUUUGGCGGCACAGCCUGCUGAUGCUGUGCUGGAGGAUGUGGAUGCUACAGCUAGCGUGCAGCCGCAAGUGGGCGAUCCGGUGGAAGCCUUGGACACGAUGGCUGCGUCAAACCUGGAUGCUGCAGGAGGUCCAGGCCAGGCUGGGGCUCCACAGGAGGAGGAGGAGGAGAUUCCUUUGGAGGAGGACGUCCCACUGGAGGAGGCACAGGAGGAGUCCUGUCCGGCGGGGACCCCAUCCCAGGUGGAGCAGCCCCGAGACGCUCCUGCAGGAGGAGGAGUCGGCCUCAGAAUCAGUCAAGAUGUGGAUGGGCUGAUCACGCAGGCCCUGCUGACUGGCGACUUUGAGGCAGCUGUGGAACUCUGUCUCCAUGACAACCGCACGGCCGACAGCAUCAUCUUGGCCAUGGCUGGUGGGUCGGAGCUGCUGGAGAAAACCCAGAGGAAGUAUUUUAGGAAAAGCCACAGCAAGAUCACCAAGCUGAUCAGCGCCGUGGUGAUGAAGGACUGGCAGGACAUCCUGAAGACGUGCGACCUGCACAGCUGGAAGGAAGCCCUGGCGGCCAUUAUGACCUACGCGCAGCCCGAGGAGUUUUCUUCGCUUUGCGAUCUCCUCGGGUCCCGGCUGGAGGCGGCCGAUGAAGCCGAGCUGCAAGCGUACGCCUGCCUGUGCUACAUCUGCGCCGGCAACAUGGAGAAGUUGGUGUCGUGCUGGACCAAAGCGCUGGAGACAAACUGUCCGCUUUCCCUGCAGGACCUGGUGGAGAAGGUGGUGGUGCUACGGCACGCGGUGGAGCAGAUGCAGCGCUCGGGCCCCGCCGCCAUCGGCGUCCUCCUGGCUGAGAAGAUGGGCCAGUACGCCGGCCUUCUGGCCUCCCAGGGCAGCCUGGCCGCCGCCAUGGCCUACCUGCCUCCUGACCACAGCAACCAGGUCGCCCUGCAGCGGCUCCGGGAGCGCCUCGGCCGGGCUCUGGGUCAGCAGCAGCAGCAGCAGCGGGCGGCGGCUCCAAGUCAGACACACGGAGCUCAGCCUCCUUCCCACGCCGCUCAGCACCCCCAUCCCUUUGCUCCGCUCCAGCCUCACGCCACUGCCCCGCUUCCUCCUCUACCCACCCCCGUCACGCCAGUACAGCAGUAUUACCAACCCGUGAGGGCUGCCUCCACCGUCACCUCCUGGAGUAACCAAACUCCAACAGCCCUCCCCAGUGCCCCGCCUCCUAUGCAGGUGGGCCCUGCCUCCGCACAGAAGGUGGAGCCACCACAGCCUUUGUACGCGACGCCGGCGUCCAACGCCGCCGCCGCCGCCGCCCUGCCCGCAUCCAUGUAUCCCCAGCAGUACCAGCCCCCCUCCCAGGUCCAGUACUACGCACCUGGAACCUAUCAGCCUCUUCUCUACUCCUCAGCUACUCCUCUUCCUCUUCCGGCCGAACCCUCCUCCCCUCCUCCUCCCCCGCCCGGCUUCCUUUCUCAGUACACACAGCCCGCAACCCCCUCCUCCCCCCCUCAGCAUCCUCCGUCCUCGAUUGGACCGUCUUUCCAGCACGGCGUGCCGGGCUCUCCCGGGUCCUAUGCCCCGCCUCCUCCAGCGUGUGGAGUCUCAGGUCCUCAGAACGGCUGGAACGACCCGCCAACCCUGAGCAGAUCAUCAAAGAAGAAGGUGACUGAGAACUUCACCCCGCCCGCUCCCAUCACUACCCCCAUCAUGGCCCCCCUGGGCGGCGACCUUCACGGCCACCCCGUAGCCCCACAGGGCGCGGCAGCGGACCUGCACGGCGUCCGGGCUCCUUACACAGGCGUGCAGCAGAUCCCGCCACAGCCAGUGAACCCCACCGCGCCCAACACCAGCAUGGAGGGGGCACCCGGGGCCCCCACGGGUGACGGCAUCCAGUCUCUGCAGGCCAUCCCAGCCCAGAAGAUGGUGAAGAAGCCCAUCCCUGACGAACACCUGGUCCUGAAGACCACCUUUGAGGGACUCAUCCAGAAGUGCUUGGCCUUGGCCACAGACCCGCAAACCAGGAGGAAGCUAGACGACGCUAACAAACGACUGGAGGCGCUCUAUGACAAGCUGCGAGAACAGACGCUCUCUCCCGCCAUCGUCAGCGGUCUCCACAGCAUGGCGAGGAGCGUGGAGUCCCGCUCGUACGGCGAGGGUCUCGACAUCCACACCCACAUUGUCAGCAGCAGCAACUUCAGCGAGACGUCUGCCUUCAUGCCCGUCCUUAAGGUGGUGCUGACGCAGGCCAACAAGCUCGGCGUGUGAGCGGCCCCCGGCCUUCGCCGCCAAUCCUCUGCUGGUCCGCUUCCUGUCUGUGCCGUCCACCCAUCAUCCCCAAUCCUUACGUGAGACAUCAACGCACGUUUCUCUGUCUUCUCUGCCUUCUACAGAUGUAAAAACAGGUAAAAAGAGGCAGCCAAUGAAUGCAGGUCAUGGGACACAGCUAUGUCAGAGGGUAACAUCCAGGUAACAUGUCAUACUUCCUUCCUGGGUGCAUUGAUUUCACAUUGCAAUAUAGAAAGGAAGGCUGCACUCCAAUAUGUAGCGUUACCUUUGACUAGCGGCCUGAAGCUAGUCGCUAGCCAGCUAGUAGCUAACCGCUGUGGCGUGGCCAGGUGUCACUACCCCAGUAAGGUAGUUCUCCAUGAUGGAAAUGGAGCCUGGCUGGAGGUGGAAUGGAUGCGUCCCAUGAUGCAGCUGCUUCUCUUUUACCUGCUUAGAUAUCUUUAGAAGGCAGAGAAAGGAGAGCAUGUUGAUGUCUGACAUCAGGAUUGUGGAUGAUUGACCUGAGUGCAGCAGGCGAUGGCAGGCCGACCAAUGAAGGGCUAUUUUCAAGUUCCUUACUACUAAUCACACUGAUAGAUUGCUUUGAAAUCAACUUUUUAUCAAGCGAUGUGUCGGAUGUUGAUGCGGGUCAAAUGAUGAAGAAUCAUUUCAAACAUGGAACACCCACAUUGGUGAUCAGGAAGAGAAAUAAUCUUGUGGGCUUUUCCAUCUCAUGUGAUAACAGAAUAGAAUUAGUCUAAUUUCAUGUAAUUCCUUUUGUUUGUUUUUUAUACAUGGAUGGGCAUUAUUGCUUUGCAUUUAUUCCCGCCUGCAAGCAUGAAUGCCAAAAAUAAAGCAGCUAAUCCGAUGUGGUUAGCAACAUUUUAUUCCACUCAGGCUUUCUGUGCUGAGUCACACUCUGCAGACCAAAGCCAGCAAUGCAAUCCCAGAUGUUUUUAAUCACGAUGCUUGGCUAAGAAUAAAAAAAAAAAACGUCUUAAAAGAAUGCUAACACCAACUGGGUUAACUAACAUUCCAGCGAUGAGUCGGCCCUCCUUCAGGUGAUGUUGAUGAAAAGCAAAACAAUUCUGUUGUAGAACUAUUUUCAAUAAAUAGUAUUUAUUUA